AAAGAGAAAAGCAAGUGUUUAUGGAAUGAUGCUAAGAUUGGAAAAAGAUGUAGUCACUGCGAAUCGAGAUCCACCCCUCAAUGGAGAACUGGUCCUUUGGGACCAAAAACUUUAUGCAAUGCUUGUGGUGUUAGGUAUAAGUCAGGAAGAUUGUUUCCAGAAUAUAGACCUGCAAAAAGUCCUACCUACGAUUUGAAGAAGCAUUCUAAUCUUCAUAAAGAGAUUUUAAGGAAAAGAUAA